AUGGACGUUUUCUCGAGCGCCAUUGAAAAGGACCCGGAGUUUGCUGAUGCCUACAACAACCGCAGCAUCGCCAAACGGAUCGCAGGUCAAGAUGUUGAGGAUGAUGAGCACUUCGUCGAUGCAUUGACAUUGCACGACAAACAAUGGCACGAGAUGCUGAUGCAGCAGAGAAAGUGGAUGUGCGUCGGCUAUAAUGCUCGUGGAGAACCUGAAGGAAGGAAAGACGCGACUGACGCAGAUUUCCUGAUCUCCUUCGCCAGCCCAGACCGAGUUGAAAUCAAUCGAAUCCUUGCAGAACUGCAGAAGGGCGUCUUCUUCGAAGGGCAGGUCCGACAGGUGACUUUCUGCACGGACAAGUCCUUGGGGAUGGGCGUGCACAUCGCAGAAGAUCAGGUCGCACGUUGGAACCCCAUUUUUUCGGACCUGGACCAGCCCCGGCUGCCCGGAGAAUAUCCAGCCUGGUUCAAGCACUACAAGAAGGCUGCGAAAGAGACCAAACACGGGAUCCUCAUUUUGCAGUUGACCGAGGCAUAUUUGAAGUCCAAGGCGUGCCGUUGGGAGUUUGCGUAUGUACGGGCGCCCGAUCUGGUGCAUGUUUACAUUUCCGGUAGCGGCCCAUCGCCUGGCCAUGGCCGCAUCGUGAAAUGGCAGGAGUUGAUGGACAAUGACGAGUAUUGCAGGCAAUGCUUUGGUGAAGACUUCGGUAGCCUCCUGCCGGACAUCGAUGCAUUCGAAGCAGACAAGGACGCGUUGCGGCAGAUGGACAGGCUCGCAAUCACUGCAAAACUUGCAGAACACCAGGCAUGGUGCGAGUUGCCUUUGCGGCAGCUGGCCUACUCCUUUGCCAGGCAUAAAUUCGGUUGGCACCGCCAAGACGCCAUGCUCAGGGCAGGUAUUUUGGCCACUGUCUAUUUUGAAACUGGCUUGGUGGAAAAGGCUUUUGAAAUGGCGGAGACUUUGUUACACGAUCUGAAAAGAGACUACUCCUUUGUUCAUGCAGCCCUGGUUGCACUCGGAGCGUUCCGAAAUCGGGAGGAACUCGUGGACACGCUUGAAAAAGAGAUCAGCAGUGGGCGGGACCCUUUCCAUAAAGGCCAUGCGUAUGUGCCUAAUCUACUGGUACCAAAGAUGUUGUUGGAUCUGGUCGUCAGCGCAGACAAAGAGGAUUACAGCCAGCAGAAGGAAGUGCUAUGGCAUGCGCUUGGCAUUUUGAAGCAGCUGUAUGGCAUAGAAAAACGUGCAGAUGAGGCGGUAAUGUUGAUGCAUCUCGCCAGUGCUUGUAGAAGCCUGGGGAUGUACGACAGACAGAGGGCUAUACUUGAGAGUGUCCUACAGGAUGCGAAGAAGCAGCACGGAAGUGAAGACCCAAAGGUUGCGGCCAUUUUGUUGAAUCUCAGCAUCGCCCAUAGAGACCUCGGAAACUAUGAGAAACAAAAGGAGCUGUUGGAGCGUGCGCUGCUUAUAGGGAAGAAUGCCCAUGGACAGGACCAUGAACAGGUUGCAGUGACCUUGAUUCAUCUUGGCGAUGCUUACGGAAAUCUUGGGCAAGAUAGGGAGGCAACUAAGCAGUUGAAGGAGGCGCUGGAGAUCAAGCAAAAGCUUUACGGGGAAGAGCACCCCGAGGUCGUGGUGGCUCUGAUGAGUUUGGGCAAAUUGCAUGGAAGGCUGGCAGAGUACGAACAACAGAAAGGCUUCCUGGAGCGUGCGCUCCGCAUCAAUGAGCAGCACUACGGCGAGGAUCAUGCAGAGCUAGUGCCGCUGUUGACCGAUCUCAGCAAUGCUUAUGGCAUGCUACAGAAGGAGCUGCUGGAGCGUGCUCAGCACAUCCAAAAACAUCAUUCCCGCAAAGAGCUUUCAAACCUUGGCAAGCUAUAUGCCACGCUCGGCAUCCUCAACCGACAG